UCUGUUGAUUGUUUCAGCACGGCAGCACGGCAGCACGACUGGCAAGGCCCCUGUGCAAUGGCGCGACGCAACAUCCCUGUCGUGAUGCCUGCCCCGCUUUGCCCUCACGAUUCCGUUCCUGCAUUCCAGCUGUCCAAGCAACGAACGGUACAGAUACCCGACGCACACCGACCGCUAUCGUAUACCGUAUCCUCAGAUAGCGCUCGAGCAGCACAUACCAGCAUCGCACCAACAUGGCUAUCCUCAAAGGUCCCGGCGAGCCCAAGAGCUACGAUGGCUCCAGCCUCCGCAUCGGCAUCAUCCACGCACGCUGGAACACCACCAUCAUCGACGCGCUCCUCGACGGCACGAAGAAGGCGCUGGCACAAGCUGGUGUCAAGGAUGAGAACAUUGUAAUCCAGUCUGUGCCCGGCUCCUACGAGCUCCCCUACGCCGUCAAGCAGCUCUACUCCGCGUCGCAGGUCCAGUCCUCUUCGACGGGUGUUGUGGGUGCAGCGGCGGAUCUGCUGGGCUCUGCGUCAGACCUCACACAACUCAACUUAGGCGGUGGAAGUGGGGAGAAGAAGGAGAAGAGCACCGCACCGUUCGAUGCGAUUAUUGCGAUUGGCGUGUUGAUUAAGGGCGAGACGAUGCAUUUUGAGUAUAUUGCGGAUGCGGUGUCUCAUGGGCUCAUGAGGCUGCAGCUUGACGGCAACGUGCCGGUUAUCUUUGGCCUUCUUACACUUCUCAGUGAAGAGCAGGGGCUGUACAGAGCUGGCAUUGCGGGCGCAGGGAAGAACGAGGGACACAACCAUGGCAGUGAUUGGGGGAGUGCGGCGGUCGAGUUGGGGAUUAAGAGGAGGGGGUGGGUUGAGGGGAAGUUUGUUGACUAAGUCCUAGGACUGUUCACAGGGAGAAAAUACACGUAAAGGGCAUUUGAACACUGCACCAGGUGCUGGGAAAAGAUGAGA